AUGGCGGCGCUGACGACGGGUUCGCCCCCCCGCCCCGCUCCGCUGCCGGCCCCGCCGGAAGGCAUCCCGGCGCCGGCGCUAGUGGCGAACCGGGAACAGCGCGCCGACGGGUGGCACGUGUGGAGCGGCGGCGAGCGGCGGGAAGAGGCGUCGCGGGGGGUGUCGCGGAUCUUGUGGCGGGGCCGCCUGGCGGCGUCGUUGUGGAAGGCGGCCGUGGGGGCGCGGGUGGCGGAGGCGGUGCUCUGCCUCGUCGCCUUCUCCGUACUCGCCGCUGACCACCGCAAGGGCUGGGCCCUCGAUUCCUACGACCGCUACAAGCAAUUCCGGUAUUGCGUGUCGGUGAAUGUGAUUGGGUUCGUGUACUCGGGAUUCCAGGUGUACGCGCAGGUUCACCACAUGAUGAAAAAGAAGCACAUCAUCGACCGUUCGGUUGGGGACUACUUCGACUUCGCCAUGGAUCAGAUAUUGGCAUACCUUCUGAUUUCAGCAUCAUCCUCAGCAACGGCUCGCAUCGCUGACUGGGUGUCCAACUGGGGAACUGAUCCCUUCCCAAGCAUGGCCAAUGGCUCUGUUGCUGUCUCCUUCCUCGCUUUUUUGGCAUUUGCCUUCAGCUCCCUCAUCUCUGCCUACAAUCUCUUCAACCAAAACAAUUUCGGCUCACAAUUUCAGUGA